AGCAAUCACCAUUGGAAAUUUUCAAGACAAGCAUCUUUUCUAAUCUGAAAAACAAAAGAAUCUCCCAUGGACUUCCUAACAAUGCUUCUCCAGGUUACUCUGAUAGCAGCCAUGGCAGCACCAACAUCUGCUCAACCCGAGCCGGGCUGCCAAGACAGCUGCGGCAACGUAAGCAUCCCAUAUCCAUUUGGCACAAGGCUGGGCUGCUACUAUUCCAAAGCAUUUCUCGUUACUUGUAACACCGCUUUCAUUCCUCCCAAACUUUUUUUGGGAACAAGUGAUAUUGAUGUCACCAACAUUUCAGUCGAUGGUCAACUGCACAUCUUGCAGUUUAUAGCCCACGAUUGCUAUAACGAGUCGGGUAUACGGAUCUACCGUAAUGUACCCUCUAUCUGGUUGUCCAAAUUCAAGAUUUCUAGUACCAGAAACAUGCUCACAGCAAUUGGUUGUGACACUCGGGCGAGCAUUGUAGGUGAAAAAGAUAACUAUAAUUAUUCGAGUGGGUGCUCGACCAUAUGUGACAACAUAGACUAUGUCACCAAUGGGUCUUGCUCUGGCAUCGGUUGUUGCCAGACAUCCAUCCCAACGGGGGUUGACACGUAUAGGGUGCGUUUAGACAGCCACUUCACACCUAGACGUGUAUGGAAUUUCAGCCCCUGUAGUUAUGCCUUUGUCGUUGAACAGGAUAAGUUCAACUUCUCCUCCAACCUUCUCAGGGAUUUACAGAAAGUACAAAAGCUCCCAGUGGUGCUUGAUUGGUCAAUUGGAGAUGUGAAUUGUAGUGUUGCUGCAAGAGAUCUCUCUCUAUAUGCAUGUAAAGAUAAAAAUAGCAACUGUUAUGAUGUUGAUUUUGGUCCAGGGUACCGUUGUAAUUGCUCCGAGGGUUACAAGGGAAACCCAUACCUCCCUCAAGGUUGCGAAGAUAUCGAUGAAUGUGCGAAUCCAAGUCUCAAUCAAUGUGAAAAAAUUUGUGUAAAUACGGCGCCCAAUUAUACGUGUUCUUGUCCCAAGGGAUAUCAUGGAGACGGCAGAAAAGAUGGAAGUGGCUGCAUUCCUGAUCCACAACGAGUAAUUAAGAUUGUUGUAGGUAUUGGCAUGGGCAUUCUGGUAUUAAUGGUGGGAUGUUCUUCAUUAUACUGCGUAAUCAGAAAAAGAAGGCUGAUCAAACUGAAAGAAGAAUUUUUCAAACGUAAUGGUGGUUUGAUAUUACUAUCAAAGCAAGACGAAGACCCUUCAGUUAAGGCAGCUGUCAAAACAUUUACCAUAGAAGAGAUCCAGAAGGCAACCAAUCACUUCGAUGAAAAUCUAAUUGUUGGUCAAGGAGGGUUUGGUACAGUCUACAAAGGAGUUUUACCCCAAAAUAAAACCACAGUUGCUAUCAAGAAGACUUUAGUAGUUGAUAAAAGUCAAGUUGACCAGUUCGUUAAUGAGGUGAUUGUGCUCUCCCAAAUCGAUCAAACGAAUGUGGUAAAAUUGUUGGGUUGUUGUUUAGAGGCUGAAUUCCCAUUGUUGGUUUAUGAAUUUAUUACCAAUGGAACUCUAUCCCAACAUAUACAUGACGUAGGCCACAAGUCCAUUCCAUGGGAAGAUCGGUUAAGGAUUGCCAAAGAAACUGCCCUAGCACUUUCGCAUUUGCACUUCGAAGCUCGCAUUCAAGUCAUUCAUAGAGAUGUUAAGUCUACUAAUAUACUCUUAGACAAAAAUAAAAUUACAAAAGUAUCUGACUUUGGAGCUUCGAGAUUAGUGUCAUUGGAUAAACCACUGUUAUCUACAGUGGUUCAAGGUACUCUUGGCUACUUAGACCCUGAAUAUUUUUAUACAAGUCAAUUGACCGAUAAAAGUGAUGUUUAUAGUUUUGGAGUGGUCCUUGCGGAGCUACUUACUGGCAGAAUGGCAAUUUCUUUUGAUGAGAAAGUGCCAGAGAAAGAGAAACUCUUAUCCACAUAUUUCAUUUCAUGCAUGAAUGAGAAGCGCUCAUUUCUGGAUGAUCGAAUUACUGUGAACGAUGUUAAUACUAAGCAAGUAAGUGAAGUUGCUAAACUUGCGCAGUGUUGCUUAAGUUUGAAAGGGGACGAAAGGCCUCCAAUGAAUGAAGUGGCAAAAAAGCUUAAGGAACUCGAAGAGAAUCCAGAGGAAACCGAUCACCUUCUAGGUAAAUCGGUGGAUUGGGGUAGCACUAGCACUACAGUUGGAGAUGAUAGUCUGAAGAUCCACGCAAUAAUACCAAUAGAUGCCCAUGGAGGACGUUGAGUGUCAUGCAAAAUUUAAGUAAUUAAGUUUGACUGAGAAAUAAAUAUGCAGGAAGGUAUUGUUUUACCAUUGUUAAUUCACUUUCCUAAAAAUGUAAUCGUGUUUUAUUACUGCUAAUAAAUGUGAUCUUUUGUUUGGUUUA